UUAUUUAAAAUGGAAUCAUACCUGCGUUACAUUGUUGUUACAACAAAUUAUUAUUUUCUCAUAGGUGGUUUUUUCUUAAGUUAUUUGAUUUAUAGAAUAGUUAAUUCCUUCGUAAGUGGUAAUAAUUUUAUGCAGACAAUAUACAGUCGAGGUCGGUAUGGACAUACUUGGAGAAGUAUUGAAUGUAACAAAUCUUUGCCGUAUAAUAUUUACUGUUCUGUUUGUAGUAAACUAAUGCUACCUGUAGUUGGCCUUUUUUGUGAGUGCUGCGCACUCAGUGCAUGCAAGAAAUGCAACAGAAUUUUGGACAAGAAGUUUAGAUGCAAACACAUAUCAUGGCCAAGUGAUAAACCAUUUUAUCAUCAUUGGGUUGAUAUUGGCACAACUAGUGGAAAAGAUGAUACCCAGAAUGAGAAUUUUAAAAAGUUGUUUUGCUCCUGGUGCCAAAGAACUAAAGUUAUUAAAGAGAAUUUUCUUGAUGACAAUGAGCAAUGUGACUUUAAUAAAUACAGGAAACUGAUAAUUCCCCCAGCUUGUGUUCAACUUAACAGAGGAACUAUAAGCAAUAUCAAACCUCCACCUGAUGACGAUUGGGAACCUCUCAUUGUUCUCGCCAACGGUAAAUCAGGAAGUAGUAGAAGUGAUGAAGUAAUAUCAAUAUUCCGUGGUCUACUUAAUCCAAUACAGGUGGUGGAUAUAAGUUCUAUUGCUCCAGAAAAAGUAAUAAAAUGGCUGCCAAGCAGAUGUCGGUUGCUAAUCGCUGGUGGUGAUGGUACUGUGGCUUGGGUCCUCAAUGCCUUGCAGCCGGCUACACAUAUCAGGGCUUCGGUGGGCAUCCUACCGAUGGGUACAGGCAAUGAUCUGUCGCGAGUUCUGGGCUGGGGCGCCGGUUGUGACGCCCGUCUUGAUGCACACGCCAUCGUUAAAGCUGUACGAGAUGCGGAAGAACAGCCUCUGGAUAGAUGGAAGAUAACAAUUAAACCUAAACGCGCUGGUCUGCGCGGUCGCGGCGAGCGCGUACUCCACGCGUACAACUACGCCAGUGUGGGCGUGGACGCACAAGUCGCGUUGGACUUUCAUCGUGCGCGUGCGCAGUUUCUAUACAGAUUCGCCAACCGCACACUUAACUACGUGGCGUACUUGUUCCUGGGCAUGGGUCGGGCGCUGGACGACGGGGGGUGCGGGGGGUUGGAGAAGCGGUUGCGUGUAUGGCUGGGGGGCCGCCGCGACCCCCUGUCCCUGCCGCCGCUGCAGGCGCUCGUCGCACUCAAUAUACCCUCAUGGGGCGCCGGAGUACAUCUCUGGAAUAUGGGCAAUGAGGGUGAGAUGCCCGAGCAGAGUGUCAGCGAUGGAAAACUAGAGGUGGUCGGUAUUUCAUCGUCUUUUCAUAUCGCGAGACUGCAGGUUGGUCUCGCGGAGCCCUACCGGUUCGCACAAACAUCAAGGCUUAAGAUCGAGUUGUCUGGGUCGUGCGCGAUGCAGGUGGACGGUGAGCCAUGGAUGCAAUCUGCAGCAACAAUCACCAUUGAACCUGAUGGUCAGUGCUGCAUGCUGCGACCACCACAUCACUACACUGACACUGGAUAAUGUCUACAUUUACCCGCGACUCUGACCACUAGGAGCUGACAUUUUGGAUAACAAACGCGGUUGUACCAGUGGAAAUAGAAGACAUAACUCCCUAGUGAAAAUGGGUACUAAAUUAAUAAAACGCUGUUAAAGA